GAAAGAUGGAAAGCGUUGUAUGGUGAGGUCGUGGCAGUUGGUGUUGAUCUUGGGAUUGCUCAUUUUUUUUAAAAAAAAAAAAAGUUAUUGGGAUAUUGGGAUCAAUGGAUGGAUGGAUGGAUUUGACUUGUUCGAUGUAAGUUGUUACGGACAUAUAUUAUCACCGAUAUUCUUUGUCACACGACUGGGCGAUGCCUUUCCCUAUUCUAACCUUACAUAUGGUCUUUGCUAUGCCUCCAGACUCUCUCGAUAACUCUUCAAAGGUCAUAUUCAUG